GAGACGGAGCCCGCUGUGUGAAUGUGGCAACUCGCAGAAGCACAGCCUUUGUAGACUAUCUGCAGCGGGGGCUCACAGGACCGACGCCAAGAUGAUGCUUUCAAGGGCCAAACCCGCUGUGGGCGGGGAGUCGCCGCACACUGACAAAAGAAAGAAGAAAGGGAGGAAGAUUCCAAAACUAGAGGAUCUACUUUCGCAAAGAGAUUUCACUGGCGCCAUUACCCUAUUGGAGUUCAAACGCCAUGUUGGGGAGCAAGAAGACGACACUAACUUAUGGAUUGGAUACUGUGCUUUUCACCUGGGUGACUACAAGAGAGCUUUGGAGGAAUAUGAAAACGCAACCAAGGAGGAAAAUUGCAAUCCAGAAGUGUGGGUGAACUUGGCCUGCACCUACUUUUUUCUUGGGAUGUAUAAACAAGCAGAAGCUGCUGGGUUUAAAGCUCCAAAAAGCCGGCUCCAAAACCGCCUACUGUUCCAUCUGGCUCACAAGUUUAAUGAUGAGAAGAAAUUAAUGAACUUUCAUCAGAACCUUCAGGAUAUCAAGGAAGACCAGCUUAGUUUGGCCUCCAUCCACUACAUGCGAUCCCAUUACCAAGAAGCUAUUGAUAUAUACAAGCGGAUCCUGCUGGACAACAGGGAAUACCUGGCCCUCAAUGUGUAUGUGGCCCUCUGCUACUACAAAUUGGAUUACUAUGACGUAUCUCAAGAAGUCCUGGCUGUUUACCUUCAGCAGAUUCCUGACAGUACCAUCGCCCUCAACCUUAAGGCCUGCAAUCACUUUCGCCUUUAUAACGGCAAAGCAGCUGAGGCAGAGCUCAAAAGCUUGAUGGACAAUGCAUCUUCACCCUUUGAAUUUGCUAAAGAACUCAUCAGGCACAAUCUGGUUGUUUUCCGAGGAGGCGAAGGGGCUUUGCAGGUCUUACCUCCCCUGGUUGAUGUCAUUCCAGAAGCGAGGCUCAACCUAGUGAUUUACUACCUUCGUCAAGAUGAUGUGCAGGAAGCCUAUAAUUUAAUCAAGGAUUUGGAACCUACUACACCUCAGGAGUAUAUCCUCAAGGGAGUUGUCAAUGCAGCCCUUGGCCAGGAAAUGGGGUCGAGGGAUCAUAUGAAAAUUGCCCAACAGUUUUUCCAGUUGGUAGGAGGAUCAGCUAGUGAAUGUGAUACAAUACCGGGAAGGCAGUGCAUGGCUUCCUGUUUCUUCCUACUUAAACAAUUUGAUGAUGUCUUGAUUUACCUCAACUCUUUUAAGAGUUACUUCUAUAAUGAUGACAUCUUUAACUUUAAUUAUGCCCAAGCCAAAGCUGCAACAGGCAAUACCAGUGAGGGUGAAGAGGUUUUCCUCUUGAUUCAAAGUGAGAAACUGAAAAAUGAUUACAUUUACCUUAGUUGGUUAGCUCGCUGCUAUAUUAUGAAUAAGAAACCAAGACUAGCUUGGGAACUUUAUCUCAAGAUGGAAACCUCCGGCGAGUCCUUCAGCCUCUUACAGCUCAUUGCCAAUGACUGCUACAAGAUGGGCCAGUUCUACUAUUCAGCCAAAGCUUUUGAUGUCUUAGAAAGACUGGACCCCAACCCUGAAUACUGGGAAGGCAAGAGGGGUGCCUGUGUGGGCAUUUUCCAGAUGAUUUUAGCUGGGAGAGAACCCAAAGAGACCCUCCGAGAAGUGCUGCAUUUACUGAGAAGCACAGGAAACACCCAAGUGGAGUAUAUCAUCAGGAUCAUGAAGAAGUGGGCCAAGGAGAAUAGAGUGCCCAUCUAAGCAGCCAAACACUAGGCCAGGACCAGCUUCCUCUCACACCAAAUUGGAACUGUUUUCUGCACUUGAAUAUGCAAUCCAGGACCCUGCUUGAUUGAGCAUUAGGAUGAGUGGGUGGUAUGUGUGGACUUAGCCAUCAGGCAGCACAAAUCUCCCUGGGCUGCUGACACCCAAUGUAAUCUACUGGUGAGGGUUCUUUGGCCUUCCCUGGUGCCUUUCUCCCAGAAUCAUUCUGAACACUAUUCUGCAAUUUACUGGCUUUAAGAAUAGAUAAUAGUUUUGUUUUUCUUUUUCUGUUAGCAUUUCAGGACAUUUUCUCCUAGCUGCAGUGACAAGUACCUUUUUACUAGAGAAUUGCCAUCAUUUUAUCAUAUUCUAUCAUCUUGUACAUUAGCCCAUCCAUGGCUACAUCUCUGACUCCUGGGAGAAGUCUUCCCGAGCUGUGUGAUUCUGAGGAUGGCCAUGAGGCCUUCUACCAAACAGCAGUCAGUAGUAGUCGGCUUAUGGGACCACUCUCUCAGUGAGCAGCUUGUUACGUCGAGACAAGCUCAGUAUGUGGGUUUUAAAUAGGUGAGUGAAAGGAAAAACUUGGCAUCUCUGAAGAUGUGUAAGUCUCAGAGUUGGGUCUCCCUUGUGUUUUAGGAAACAAACCCAGGGCAAGGUUCUUACUAUCUGCUGUAUAAACAGCAAUUUUGAAAAACUGGGAAAGUUUUCAUGA